AUGUACCUUUGGGUGCAACAGAGUGGUACAAGGUUAGUUCCAUCCCCAUUCCCUGAAGUUGGUGUAGGGCUAUUGUUUGAUGAUGAACCCCUUGAUGGCCCUAGUGAUCGUGGUGGAGGUGGCGAAUUGCGAGACUUGGAUGAUGAUGAUGAAGGUGGUGGAGGCGACCAAGAAUUACCACCAUUAUCAUUUGCUGUGGGAGGGGGAGGUGGUGAAUUGUUUCCAUUAGAAGAGGAAGGCGGAGGUGGUGAAGAAUCUGAAUCUUUAGAUGGUGGUGGUGGAGAUGAGAUUGGAGCAGAAGGUGGCGAGGACUUUGUUGAUGGUGGUGGUGCAGAGACAUCUGCUGGGGACGGGGGUGGGGAUGAGGAUGGAGGUGGCGGUGGGGAAGUCACUGGUGGCGGCGACGACUCCAAUGGUGGUGGUUGUGAUGGCUCUUCUAAUGACGGAGGUGAUGCAGAUGGCGGUGGUGGAGAGAGUGGAGAUUCUUCAGGGGCGGGGGAAGACAUAGGAGGAGUUUAUUUCCAAAAGAUAUUAUCCUCAAAGCUUACCGGACGAACCCCACCCUCCUCCAAAUGA